UGUCAAUUUCAGUUUCGGCCUUUUCCAGCAUUAUCCCAACCCUAUCUAACUUUUCCUUCCCUCUUCUUCGAUCUCCAUUUCCUCCGCAGAGAGCAGCCGCCGUCGUGAUCGUCGGUCGUGAAUCUAGCCGCCGUCGUGAUCUUCUUCGACCUAAUUGAGAUAGGAAAAUGCCUAAAGUAAAGACAAAUCGCGUUAAGUAUCCUGAGGGCUGGGAAUUAAUUGAACCUACCCUUCGCGAUCUUCAAGCAAAAAUGAGGGAAGCGGAGAAUGAUCCACAUGAUGGUAAAAGAAAAUGUGAGACAUUGUGGCCUAUAUUUAAGAUUGCACAUCAGAAGAGCCGCUACAUAUUUGACCUUUACCACCGGAGGAAGGAAAUUUCAAAGGAAUUGUAUGAAUUUUGUUUAGAUCAAGGAUAUGCUGAUCGCAACCUGAUUGCAAAAUGGAAGAAGCCUGGUUAUGAGCGUUUAUGUUGCUUGAGGUGCAUGCAGCCACGAGAUCACAACUUUGCCACCACUUGUGUUUGCCGAGUACCCAAGCAACUGAGGGAGGAGAAGGUCAUAGAAUGUGUUCAUUGUGGUUGUAGGGGCUGUGCAAGUGGAGACUGACUGGUGAUUUGUCUCUCUUGUUUACAAUCCGAAUUAGCCUUGUUUCAAGGUUGUAAGGAUGAUAACAUGAUAACUAACCACUUAGUUUAACUGCAAUAUUUGACAGGACUUUGUACUUUAACAUUGAUUACCUCAUGUAAUAUUUGUUUUACUUCAA